AUGUUAAUAUCAUGUCGACGUCUCUGGUUGCAGUUCCACAAUGGACCCAGAGUGCUUCAUCAAACGAGACGUCUUUUCAGAACUGGCCCCGACCCGCUUACAACCUAUUCUACUGCAGAACUAUUACAAGCCGUCAAGAGCCCUUGGAGGCCUUCCUCCAAGGCCAUAAUAACGCAGGAUAGCUUUAAACCAGUCAAUGCAUAUCGUCACCUUCGUCUCGUCGACCGUGCUGCUUUGGCGCGUGUAACGACAAAGGAACGAUUCUAUCUAAUCAACCAAGCGGCGUCGUACAAACUGGCUAGGGCUAUGAAUGACCUCGUCAAGGACCUCCUUCACUUCUGUCACCCGGCGCAACUUGUUGCCUCGGUGCAACAGUUAGUAUCCAUGCCGGCUCUCAUGUUAUUAUACCCCGAGACCCUACUUCUACUCCUCGAAGCAAUUCCUCGACAUUUUGAAAAGUUCUCUGUCAAGGAAAUAACAAGACUUGCUGAUGCUUUCACGGAAGCAACGCCUAGCCAAGUUGACGCGUCCAUUGUGGGGAUAUUGUCGCAUGAGCUGCUUUCUCGCCUCGAAAGCCUAUCCUCACCUGAGAAUGACGACAUUUUGGGCUACACACCUCCGCCCAUCGUCGAAGCCACCUUUGCCUUCAUUGACAAACUUCUCAUCAUCUCUGAGCAGUCCCAGGCGCUACAGCUAUUCCAAUUCCUCGUCAAUUCAGCAAACAUUCCCUCAGAAGCAGUCCAAACUAUGCCUGAAGUUGAUGACUUCGUCUCCAUUAUUCGCGCGUCGCUAGUGCGAGCCAGUGCGUAUUGGCACUGGCGGCCACUUGCGGAGCGGAUACUUUCGCGUUUGAUUGACCAAAAUCCCACUGAGUCUGUCAUCAGACUUACAAUCGACACAGUUCAUGUAUUUCUCAUCGACCCAAGAGAGGCAGAUCUCCAAGCCUGCCGAAUCCUCAUCACAAAAGUGCACCAGGUCGAGCCUGUCCCAAACGUCUUGAUUCAACAGCUCUAUGACGCAGCGACAGACCUGGACGCAGGGUCUGAAGCUUAUGCACUCUACUCUUUCUCGAGGUCGCCGGAAGUAAUGGAAGUCCAUGAAUACCCUUGUCCGCGCGGGAGGGCGCUACCAUUCCUGAUGUCCUAUUUGUUGGAUUAUCACUCCCACCUUGCCAAGGAUUUGGGUCAAGAAAUUCUCACCAGCAAUAUUCCUCUCCCCAUCGAACAUCGUGCCCCCAUUGUUGCUCAGUUAGCCAGUCAUGGCCACGCGAUUCUAGCAAGGAUGCUUUGGACCAAAUUUGCGUCUGGCAAAGAUCGCAGCGUAUUCGUUGGUGACCCGGCGAUGCUAAUUCGGUUUCUCAGCUUAUACCAACAUCUCUUUCGGCGGGGACAAGUCAUUCUUUCCAACCAGCCAGAUAAUCCCGAAAACGAAGUUCUUCGGGAACAGCUGGAAGAUGAACAAGAAUUCUCGACUUUCGUUCUCAACGAAUAUAUCCGAGUACACCAGCCGAUUCAAGAUGCACGUCAUGAGGUACUUUCUUCGCUGGCGCGAGCAUAUUUCAUCGUCGGCCGAUAUAUGGACGGUUUCGAAACCUUUCGCCUCCUGCUGCAUCGACGUGACAUGCCCGAUUUGCGAGAUGUUAAUAUUAUCUUGACGGCCGUUGCUGCCCAUGACCCAAGAGAAGCGGCCAAAGUAAUCGAACGCAUGAUACAGCGAGGACUCGAGCCCAACCACGUCACGUAUGGCACUGUUAUGCACCAGGCAUUGGCAGAGGGCGACCGUGAACUAGCAAAUGAGAUGGUCAAUCGCAUCCGGGAACUGAAGCAAGGUCACCUCAGCCCCAAGUCAAUCGUAUCGCUUGUUCGCGGCAGUCUAACUGGUGGACGACACAACCAGAGGGCAAAGCUGCACAGUGUGUGGCGGAUGAUGCAGGCCAUCGACCACUCGACCGUAGUCACGUCGCCUCAUCUUGGGAAGUAUUUGGUUUAUGCUUCCUUACAAUCGGAAAGCCCAGUGCUGGCGUUCCAGUUCUGGGAGUACAUAUUGAAGGAGAAGGCGUUGUGGGCAGACUUGGAGCAGAAGCAACUGCGAAGUCGAUUGAUAAAGAGCUUGAUGCGACACAACAAGGCAGGUUGGUUGAGCGUUAGUGAUCGAGCUGUUCGAGGAAUGAUUAGGCAGUUGUCGAGGAGGGAAUAA